AGACGCGGGAUUGCUGCGGUUGGGCGGGAAGGCGCAGCAGCGUGAAAAGAGCCGCUGAGGACUGAACCUGGCCUUGCACAAGCAUUCUACCACUAAAGCAACGCUUCACUGAACUUAAACUGGUUUUGAAGUUUGUGAUUCAGUCGGGCCAUCUGUUUCAUCUCUAAGCCACCAUGAGCUACAAGAAGCGCAAAUCACAGAUCUUAUUUAAUGCAAGGAAAAAUAAAAAGAUCAAUGACUAUUUCUCUCAGGUUCCCAGAGAAGAGCAAAAUGAUUCCACUAUUUCUCAAGUAAAAGCAGAAUCUAUAAAAGCACCAAAAGACAUAACCAACAUCCAGGACCAAAAACUUCUUUCACCUAAGAAAAUUCAACAAGAUCAGACACCUCCCUCACUUAAGACAAUUACAUUCACCUUAGAUGUGAACCUCAGGAAAAACAGAAACAUGAAACACACACUCACACAUAACGAGACAAGUAGCUUGUACACAGCACUUAAAACUCUCACUGCUGUCGAAGAAGAGAUAGACAGUCAACAGGGCAAAGAAAUGCUGGUGCGUGGCAUCGAAGGAAUCGAAGGCUACAUCAACCUUGGCAUGCCCCUCUGCUGUUUUCCAGAAGGCAGCCAUGUGAGUAUUACAUUUUCUCAGUGUAAAAGGGAGCCAGAAGAACAUAAACAAUUGUUGGAACCACAGGACCAAGCAUCUACCAAUUAUGUCCUAUUUUACAUUCAUGCAAUUGGCAGUAAGAAGAAAACGAUUCUGAAGUGUGGAGAACUUCACAGAAGUGGGAACAAACUCUGUGUGUUUGGUGUCAAAGGAGAGACCAUCAAGGACACUCUGAGGAAGGAUGGCAGGUUUUGUUCUUUUAUAGAGAGUGACCAUUGGAAACUCAUUAAUAAGCUGGACACCAUCAUAGAAAACACCCAGCCAGUUGAUGAGUUAGAGGGCAAGCUCUUUCAGAUUCACACCGAGCUAAGAAAGAAACCUAGGGCAACAUCUGUCACUCAGGAUUCUCAGUCAGAAAAGAAAAACUUCCAUGAGCUAAAAGACUACAUUGUGGAUGAGUACCCCACACUGAAAACAGAACGAGAAAAACUCAGAGCAUACAUCAAGGAAGAAGGUAAAAAAAGAAAGAAGAAACUUUACACAGUGCAUAAAAAGAACUUUGGGAAACUGACAAAAAAUUCUACAUCUGUUAAAGUGCUCAAGCAUCUUUCAAAGGCCAGUGACUCAGUCGGGUUCCUAUGGUGGAACAAUAAUGGAAAUGAGGGUUGUGCUACCUGCUUUGUUUUUCAAGGACUGUACAUUUUCACUUGCCGACAUGUCAUAACUGACAUCGUGGGGAAAGCAGAGCAAAGUGAGUGGGCUAGUAUAAUUAGUCAAUGUGUAAAGGUGACCUUUGGUUAUGAAGAGUUCCCACUAACAGAUGCCAUCAUUUUUGAUGUUAAACCUUGGUUUGAGAUAUCUGAUACAGACCUUGACUACGCUGUCCUGGAACUGAAGGAAAACGGACACCAAGUACCCGCUGGACUGUACAACGGAAUAGGACCUGUGCCAGUUAAUGGGUUGAUUUAUAUCAUUGGCCACCCGGAUGGAGAAAAGAAGUCUACUGAUGGUUGCACAGUGGUCCCUCAAGAUAAUCGAGAAAGAAGAUGUGAGGAAAAUUUUCAAGCAAGAGAGGCAGCAGGCUGCCAUUUUUCUAUAUCUUUUGUCCGUAUGUACACCCAAAGAAGUUUCCAGGAAAUGCUUCACGACACUAAUGUGGUUACCUAUGACACCACUUUUUUUGGAGGGUCUUCUGGAUCACCAGUGUUUGAUUCUAAUGGUUCAUUGGUGGCCAUGCACGCUGCUGGUUUCACUUGUACGUACCAAGGUGGAAUUUCUAGUAUCAUUGAGUUUGGUCCUACUAUGGAAUCUAUUCUUGCUGAUAUUAAGGAAAACAAUGAACCCUGCUAUAAUAAAAUUUUUGGAAAUCAGCAGGAUGUAGAAAUGUGGAGCCCAGAGACCUCAGUACAGGAAAAGAUUUAAUCCAUUAUCCAAGUUUAAGGGAAUUGCCUGUGGUGUUUUUAUUCUGCAGACAAUAAUGUUUUAUGAACUUUCAAAAAUGAUUUGUUUCACAAAAAUGGAUGUUCCAGAUUAUUUCCUGUGUAAAGCAACAUGGGAAAGAAGAUUCAGUACUGGUUAGGCCUCAGGGCACUUGGUGCCAAGAGAGGCAAAGAUAUGAAGAAGCUCAGAGCUUAGAAACUGGAGUUGUGGACCAAAGAUAUGAAGGAAGAGAAGCCGAUUUCUGGAAACUCGAAGCACUUUUAAAAGCACUGCUUUCUUUGGGCCUGCCUGUAUCUUCUCUCUCUGCUGACCAGAGCUCAGCUAGGACGCCAGGUCACAGGUUUAUGAGCCCUAAGUGGUCCCUGAAAUUAUUUGCCUUUCUUCAGCUUUGGCUUUCUGGCUGAAGACUUGGGUCUGGAAUGAACCUUCAAGGAAUGGUGUGGAAAUCAUUGAGCAGGCAAGGGAGCUGCCAUAUAGCGUGGGCAUCUGGGAGUUCCUGGACUUGGGUUAUGGAGAGCAAACACCGGAAGAGAUGGUUUCCACUUCAUGGGAUUCACCAUGGAGUGGGUCAGGAGGACACUGGACAUAGCCUAGAACACUUCUCAGCAGUGUGACACUCAAGUCCUGUUCUUAGGGAGAGGAAGGAAACUGUGGUCAGGAAGUAAUCUCACAACCAUGAAAACCAAGGAGAAUUUGUGUACGGAAGAUGGCCAGAAGUCUUUUAUCUGAGGGAAAGGGGAAGGAGUGGGUGAGAUGGUGUGGGAAGGUUGCUAAGAGAUCUGGCAAUUACAUCAAUUCUUCCCUCUACCAGAACUGAAGUAUGUCCUGGGCUUUUUGCUGCAGCUGAACAUGAUCCUAAUCCACAGUUUCCCUUAUUGUCCAGACAUCUCCUAGUGCCAUUGUGUGAUGUUUUGUUUUCCCUGCUCUGUGCAUUUUUCCCAGAGGAAAUACAAAUGGAACAAAAUUAAAAAAACAAAAACAGUAUGAUAUCUGCAGAGAGUUAUGGAAUUUAAGAUGAAACAAAAGUAAAGCUUAUUUUUAUGGCAUUUCCUUUGGUUUGUUCCAA